AUGUCUUAAAAACUGCAGAACCAUUCAUUCUCAUUUCUACCCCAAAUGACAAUUCACAACUGUAUAUUCACAUGUAUUCAUACCAAAUCAUAGGAAGUAUAGAAUUACUCAUCCCAAUAUCCCAUCAAUAAUUCAUUCACCAGAUCUUAUCCCAUCUCUGCUAUACCAGUAUACUCAUUUCAAUAACUCUCAUCUGAUCUGAGUUUCAAUUCAGAGACUCUAAUCUACUCUACUUCAUAAUUUCAACAGUACAACUAACUCAGACCUUCAAUCUCUCAUCUGAUAUUACCCAAACCCAAUUCACUAACUCCAUUUCCGAUCCAUCUUCACCAACCUAAUUUAAGAAACACUCUAAACAGACAAGUUCAAUAUAAUGGGUUUUGAUGCUCUAAUCAAAAUAGUAGAGCAAGACCUUGUGAAGCCAGAACUACUUUCGAUUUUUGAUGCUGUAGGAAUGAUGGAGUCGCUGCUUGAAACGAUUGAGUUGCUGUCUUUCAACCUCUGCUUUCUGCAAGCCUUUUUCGAGGAAUGUAAGACGAAAAUGAACGACGGGGACCUCUGGGCUAAGUUACUGUAUGAAGAUAUCCGAGAUAAACUUGCUACAAGUUAUGAAAACUACAAAAUAGAAUAUAAACUGAGAAAAAUAUAUUUGGGAUGCAAUUGCAUAAUAGGUUCUAAAGUAUAUUUGGGAGCUACUAGGAAAUUCGGUUGUAAGCAACUUCAUCAGACCUUGAAAAAAGUGGUAAUAGAUAUUGAGGAAGUUAAAGAACUGAUCCUAGCGGAAAAAAAAAGAAUUGCUUUAGAGCCUGAGGAAGAGAACAUCACGGUUUUGGAUACCUACCAAAAUGCUUUAGAGCCUGAGAAUGAAGUAAUUGUAGGAUUUGACAGUGAUAUAGAGAAGAUAAUUAACCGGCUCAGUUAUUCACACUUGAUGAGAUCAAUUUUCACCAUUUUGAGGAAUAGUAACAGUAAACAGUUUCGGAAAUAUGUUGAAAAUCCUGAGCUGAAACUACAAGUUACCCCACUUGUCGGGGAAGGAGGGAUAGGAAAAACUACAUUAGCCAAAAGAGUUUAUGGACAUCCAAUUACUAUUGCUUGCUUUCAAAUUCGAGCAUGGGUAGUUGUAUCUCAAGUUCACAACCUCAAAGAGAUGCUCAUUGGUCUAUUACGUUGUAUUUCACCAAUUACUAGUGAAAUCUACAACAUAGACGAUGCUCAAAUAGCUGAGCAAUUAUGCAGAAGUUUGAUGGGCCGGAAGUAUUUAAUUUUUUUGGAUGACAUAUGGACCACUGCUGCAUGGGAUGCUAUCCAAGGAUGUUUUCCAGAUAAUUGUAAUGGAAGCCAAAUCUUAGUAACUACCCGGUUCACAAAGGUGGCUAAAUACUUAAGUACGAAUCCCUACCAUGUGAAGUAUCAAACUUUUGAUGAUAGUUGGGAAUUAUUUUCAAGGAAAGUUUUUGGGCAACGCCAAAGUGUUACCUGGGAAGAUGAUUUAAUUGGGAAACGCAUUGUUCAUCUUUGCAGUGGAUUACCACUAGCAGUUGUUGUGAUUGCCGGGCUUUUGGUGACAGCAAAAGAGUCUCUAGAAAUAUGGAGAGAUGUUGAGAAAACUUUGGGUGGAGUUGAUAGAUAUGAUAAUAACAACAGAGUUUCAAAAGUCCUUUCAUUGAGCUACAACUACUUACCUAGUCACUUGAAAGCUUGCUUUCAUUAUUUUGGUGUGUUUCCGGAAGACAAUGUCAUUCCUGUUAAGAGACUAAUCAACUUAUGGGUUGCAGAGGGAUUUCUAAUGCAACGUAAAAAAAUGAGAUUGGAAGCAGUGGCAGAGGGUUACUUGCAUGAUCUCAUUAAUAGAAGCCUAAUUCAAAUUAAUGAGCUAUGUAUUGACGGCAAAGUCAAAUCAUGUAAGAUUCAUGAUCGAGUGCACGAAGUUUGUGUGAGAGAAGCAAUAAAAGAGAAUGCUUUGUGCAUUAUCAAUGACAAUCAUGCUCCAAGAGCUAGCCAUUGGUUAAGUUGUCAAACACGUCAUUGGCCAAUCACUCGAGCGAGUUAUAGAAAUUGCACUCUCGAUAAAAUCCAUUCCGUUCUGUGCUUUGGUAAAGAUGUAUACCAUUCAAAAUGCAAGUUGUUAUACCCAUGUAUGAAAUUGCUUAGAGUAUUGGAUUUAUCAUUAGUUAAAUGCUCACAAGGCAUGCCUAGUGAAAUAACAGAUUUGGUUCAUUUGAAAUACUUGGCUUUAAGUACCAUCGGUUCUCUUUACAAGCUUCGAUUUUUAAAGCUUAAAAAUUUGCUAACUCUCAUAGUUACUUCGUGGAUGGAAAAAUGUCCUUUGCACCUGCCAUGUGAUAUUUUGGGUUUGCAACAAUUGAGGCAUUUGCAUGUUGACAAGAGAUGUUCACAAUAUCUCCCUUGCUUAGUCAAAAAAAAUCUACAAACUCUGCAUUGGUUGAAAAUUGCCAGCUCCUACAAUGAAAAACCAAACUUCAGAAUGGUUCCAAAUCUAAAAGAACUUGGGAUUUACAUUGAAGGACAACUGGAGCCUAGCUAUCUAGAGGGCCUUGUGUAUUUACAUCGACUUGAGAAGUUGAAGUUUGAAGUAGGAAGAAUCGAGCAAUUUUGUCUUCCAACAGGUUUUCCACCAAACCUUAAGAAGUUAACACUUCGUUAUACUUAUCUUCCAUGGAAGGAGAUGGACACAAUUGGCAAGUUGCGGCACCUUGAGGUGCUUAAACUAAAAGAUUUCGCCUUCUGUGGCUCAAAGUGGGAACCGUCAAAGCGAGGCUUUCGGGAAUUAAAGACGCUUCUUAUUUCACGUUCAAAUCUCAAACAUUGGCAUUCAAGUUCUAAUCAUUUCCCAGUUUUGGAGCACCUAGUCUUAAGAUAUUGUUGGGAAUUGAAAGAAGUUCCACCUACCUUUUCAAAUAUUGGAACGUUGAAGUUAAUUGUGUUAGAAUGUUGUUAUUCUUCUCUUGUGACUUCUGCAGACAAGUUAUUGUUUAAGGGAAAGGCAGGUUCUCCACUUCGUGUUUGUAAAGUUGGAACUAAGCUUGAAUUGCCAAAUAAUGAAAGCUUUGAAGAAGAAAUUGUAGUAAACUCUGAAGAAGAAAAUGUGGAAAGUGUGAAAAGCUUUGAAGAAGAAAGUGUGAAAAGCUCUGAAGAAGAAAGUGUGAAAAGCUCUGAAGAAGAAAGUGUGGGAAGCUCUAAAGAAGAAUUCGUUGGAAGCUCGAUGGUUGAAUUGCCAAAUAAUGAAAGCUAUGAAGAACAAAGUGUGGAAAGCUCUAAAGAAGAAAGAAUGGGAAGGUAUAAAGAAUUAAGUGUUGGAAGCUCUGAUCAAGAAAGGUUGAAAGCUCGGAAGAGAGUGAUGAAAAAUCUGAAGAAGAAGGUGUCGAAAUCCCUGAAUGCAUUCAAAGAUUUGAAGGCGAAAGUGUUAAGAAGAAAGUGAGUGAGGAAUUUUUAAAUUUUAGCUUAUUAUAAACAUAUGAUCCAAAGCCAAGGUAUGUAUGUAUAUACCUAUGAAACUAUUAUGAAACUAAUGAGAUUAUUCUGAUCUUUUGCAAUUGUCUGUCUGUCUCUUUGAUUGGGAAUUUGUAUAACCAUGUUGAUAUUUUGAACAAAGAUGUUUAUCAUCCCGCUUUCGGGAGAAAACAAACGAAAAGGAUUUCUUGCAGUGAAUUCUUCAAGUGCAGCUCAGAGGUGCACCAAUAUAAGAUGAUGUUGUAUUUUUGAUUUCCAUUUUAUCUGAACAAUUAAGUUGUGUGUGUUAUGAUGUUUUUCUGUUCCAAUGACAUCAUGUCUCAGUUGUAACAAUCCACUGUUCAAUUCAAUAUUUCUUUUACAACAUAUUGAAAUGCUU